UUUGUUGCCAUUCGGCCACAGGGAACUCACACUGCAAGCUGUCUGGGAUGGCAAGCAACAGUGACUGACUGGAGGAAACUGACACCUUAGCUACCCAUUAAGGAGAACUGGAGCCACCAUUACACAGUGUUUGAGGAAGAGCUACGUGCAGAAAAGAAGACCAAGAAGUAAGAAGUUUAAACCCUCUGGGAUUUCUUAUUUCUUAAGUUCUGCACAUGGCGACACAAGAUGGCGAGCCAGAUUGUUGGGAUAUAAUUGAUGACAGCCACAUUAAGGAAUUUGAAGUAGCUCAAUGGAUCAAGAUUACUCUUGCGCUUGUAUACAUCAUUGUCUUUGUGGCAGGUAUCUUGGGCAACAGCAUUACCAUCCACACUACUAAAGUGCUCCAGAAGAAAGGCUACUUACAAAAAGAAGUUACAGACCACAUGGUGAGUCUAGCAUGCUCAGACCUGCUGGUCAUCUUACUGGGGAUGCCUGUGGAGUUCUUCAGUAUGAUAUGGAGCCCCUUCUCAACUCCUAAAGGGGACCUGGCUUGCAAGUUGUACUGCUUCCUUUUUGAGGCCUGCAGCUAUGCUACAGUGCUGCACGUGGCCACUCUAAGCUUUGAAAGGUACAUUGCCAUCUGCCACCCUUUCAAGUUCAAAGCUACAUCUGGACCUUGCAAAGUGAAGAUCCUCAUUGCUUUUGUCUGGAUAACCUCUUUUCUGGUGGCCCUACCACUUCUCUUCGCAAUGGGGACAGAGUACCCUUUGGAAACUAUCCAGGGCCAUCAAAAGUUGGUUGCAUGCAGAAGGGCCCAGGCCCGGCACCAUAUGCCUGACAUAAGGCUAAAUGUGACUGUAUGCACAAGCUUGUCAUCCAAAUGGAGAGUCUUCCAGUCUAGUAUAUUCACAGCCUUCAUUGUGUAUGUUGUGAUACUGGUAUCUGUAGCAUUUAUGUGCCGGAGUAUGAUGAAAGCCCUGAUGGUCCACAAGCAAGGGACUCUGGCAGUAAGAGGUGAGAGGGAAAGUCAACAUCAGUAUCUAAGGAAAACUGAGAAUCCUGAGGGCAGAACUUCCAGGAAGCAGACAAUUCUCUUCCUAGGAAUGAUUGUUGCAACUCUGGCAAUAUGCUGGCUGCCAAAUCAAGUUCGAAGGAUCAUGGCCGCUGCAAGACCUAAGCAGAACUGGACCGUCUCCUACUUCAGAGCAUACAUUAUCCUUCUCCCCAUAGCCGAUACUUUCUUCUACCUCAGCUCUGUGGUGAACCCACUGCUGUACAACAUCUCCUCCCAGCAAUUCCGGAAUGUCUUUCUUCAGGUCCUCCGUUGUCAUCUGACGCUAGAACAUGCCAACAAACAGAAGUUUCUAAAAGCCAAUCUGAAUUCGGUAGCCAGUAGUAGCCGUUACCGGCGCCCAUUGAUCUUCAUGUCAUCCAGGCGCAAGUCUUCUACCAAGACUGCUAACAAGGUUUUCUUAAGUACUUUUCAGAGUGAGACCAAGCCUGACUGCAGUUUGCAGAAAAUGAGUCUUGAAUCACUGGAGCUGAAUGUGAAAACAAUGCCACUGGAGACCAGCACAGACCCGAGUCCUUCUAACCAGAAUGGCCUUUGUGAACAUGAACUGUGA